AGUUCUUUAGUUAUUUCAGGUCAAUCCUUGUGAUAGAUAGGUAGAUAUAGAGAUUCUGCCUCAGACGAUCAAACCAACAAAUAAGUAUAGUAAUGGUUAAAAGACAAGAACUUCAAGAAAGACUUCAGGACUCAGUGUUUAGUAUCUUAAGAGUAGAACACUUGCAGAGCCUUGGCUAGAUUGCUCAGAUGCAAAACCAAAAGCACACUGCUGCCCUAAUAUUUGUCCUGUUUCCGGGUGUAUAAGUAGGCAUCUUUCAGGGGGGUUUCUAAUCCAAAUUCUCUGUGAUGCAUGUGUUUGCCCAGGGCAUUUUCCAAAAGUUCAAGUUCAAGGUGCAGGCGAGAUUUCAGAAGCAGUACAUAUUUACCCUUACCUUCCAAUAGCCUCAGGAAUGUGCCAAUGUUUUCAUGUAACUAUAGGGUAGCUAUUUCUUUGGGUCCCUGCCUCUGAACCAGCAUUUAUACACAGCCAUUUUGCAGCCGGCAAGGUACUUCUAUUACAAAGGAAUGAAAGAAGGCACCAGCCAGUGCACUUAAUGCCAUUUUGUUUCUUCUCUGACUCAAUCCCCUACCCCCAGUCAUACUCUUCUCUAAUUACCUUGGAUUCCAGAAAUGACAAGACAAGUCUAUCAUGAAGACCUCCUCAGAGGCAGCCACUAUGAUUCAAAGUUGGAGUUUACUAUGUGAUUUUUUUUUUUUUUAAAGCAUGGGAGUUGACAGGUGCUCCAAAGAGGACGCAUACCACAGUCACACUUCAUGGUCUUAGCAAGAACACUGAAGUUAUUAUUUUUAAAGGUUAUUAAGGAAUUUGGUCAUGGGCUGUUCCUGAAUUGUUCUUUUGUUUCCACUGUGAACACAAGUUAACUGUUGUGAGGUUCGCAGACCAUCCUUAAGCUCACAUACGCGUAGGCCUCCAGCCUGAAUUAUUAUUAUUGGUUUUUUGAGACAGGGUUUCUCUGUAUAGCCUGAAUUAUUAUUAACCCUCUCAUUUGAAGAUGCUUCUCUCUAAAACAGACAAACAAAACCCCCAAACAUUGUCAAUAUUGGCAGGCUUCACUACAGAUAGUAACAUCUGGAAAUCUUGAUUCUCAGGGCCAGGAGGCCCAGCAAGCAGGUCCUUUUUCUCUUUGUCCCCAUAGUUUUCUGUAUUUCUAGCUUGCCUCCUAGAUGCUGGGACGUGCACCACACCAAACAAUCCUGAAAAUAUUUCCUUUUAGAGAAGACUGAAGGGAAGCUCCCUUAUACCCAGUGUAGCUCGUCGACUUUGUGCAUGGAUGUGCCACUGCCCCAGAAUGGACUAGUCUAUCGUCCGCCUGCUUCCCUCACUUUCCGAUGGGUCUUAACGGCUGUUCCUUUUCCACAACGGAGUGGCACCUCACGGGUGCCCAGUCCUGCUGCCAAGAGGCAACUGGAGCGUGCGGUUAAGGUGGAGGCGACGCACGGCGAUUACGUUCAAUAGCGUUCGCCAGACGUCAGUAUCCGCGGGCCGGGGACGGGAGAGAGGCUGAAAUGUCGUGGGCGCGCAGCGAUGACGCACAGAGUAGCCUGCCUUGACCUCUCUGCAGUCGUGGCGCGUGGAGUGGGGCGGAGCGAAGGCUGCCUUGGCGGGCGCAUAUUUAUGACGUGUCGUAGCGUGCGCACCGACUCCGGCGGUGGCGGCCCGUGGGGAGGAGUCAGGGCUGCGGUGCCUUCGGUCGCGCGCACACGUUGCAUCUCCUUGCUUCCACCUGAACCCUCGCCGCCAGGAAGGCAGCCCGACGAGUAGACCGCAGCUCCUGGGAGAUGGCGGCGCUGUGCCUCACGGUGAACGCCGGAAACCCUCCGCUGGAAGCUCUGCUGGCGGUGGAACAUGUGAAAGGUGAUGUCAGCAUUUCUGUGGAAGAAGGGAAAGAGAAUCUUCUUCGGGUUUCUGAGACUGUGGCAUUCACUGACGUGAAUUCAAUCCUGCGCUACCUGGCUAGAAUUGCAACUACGUCUGGGCUGUAUGGGACUAACCUGAUGGAGCACACUGAGAUUGAUCAUUGGUUGGAGUUUAGUGCUACAAAGUUGUCUUCGUGUGAUAGGCUGACUUCUGCAAUCAACGAGCUUAAUCAUUGCCUGUCUCUGAGAACAUACCUAGUUGGGAACUCCUUGACCUUAGCAGAUCUAUGUGUUUGGGCCACCCUAAAAGGAAGUGCUGCAUGGCAGGAACACUUGAAACAGAACAAAACUCUAGUCCACGUUAAACGCUGGUUUGGCUUUCUUGAGGCCCAGCAGGCCUUCCGCUCAGUUGGCACCAAGUGGGAUGUUUCAGGAAACAGAGCUACAGUGGCACCUGACAAAAAACAAGAUGUUGGGAAAUUCGUGGAGCUUCCAGGUGCAGAGAUGGGAAAGGUGACAGUCAGAUUCCCCCCAGAGGCUAGUGGGUCAUCUUGGAAGAUGUUGCAAUGCUGCAUAUUAAACCAGAUCAGUUUACUUACACUUCAGAUCAUUUUGAAACUAUAAUGAAGUAUGCAGAGAAAUUAAUUCAAGAAGGGAAGGCUUAUGUGGAUGACACUCCUGCAGAACAGAUGAAGGCGGAACGUGAACAGAGGACAGAAUCCAAACACAGGAAGAACUCUGUUGAGAAGAAUCUACAGAUGUGGGAAGAAAUGAAAAAAGGAAGCCAGUUUGGUCAGUCCUGUUGCCUGCGAGCAAAAAUUGACAUGAGUAGUAACAAUGGGUGUAUGAGAGACCCGACCCUUUACCGAUGCAAAAUCCAGCCCCACCCAAGGACUGGGAAUAAAUACAAUGUUUAUCCAACAUAUGACUUUGCCUGCCCUAUAGUGGACAGCAUUGAAGGUGUUACUCAUGCCUUGAGGACAACAGAGUACCACGACCGAGAUGAACAAUUUUAUUGGAUCAUUGAAGCUUUAGGCAUAAGGAAACCAUACAUCUGGGAGUACAGUCGCUUAAAUCUCAACAACACCGUGCUGUCCAAAAGAAAGCUCACGUGGUUUGUCAAUGAAGGACUGGUAGAUGGAUGGGAUGACCCACGGUUUCCUACAGUUCGUGGAGUUCUGAGAAGAGGGAUGACAGUUGAGGGGCUGAAGCAGUUCAUUGCUGCUCAGGGCUCCUCAAGGUCUGUUGUGAACAUGGAAUGGGACAAAAUCUGGGCGUUCAACAAAAAGGUUAUUGACCCAGUGGCUCCACGGUACGUUGCAUUGCUGAAGAAGGAAGUCGUCCCAGUGAAUGUCCUGGAUGCGCAGGAGGAGAUGAAGGAAGUAGCCAGACACCCCAAGAAUCCUGAUGUUGGUUUGAAGCCUGUGUGGUACAGUCCCAAGGUUUUCAUAGAAGGGGCCGAUGCAGAGACUUUCUCAGAGGGUGAGAUGGUCACAUUUAUAAACUGGGGCAACAUCAACAUUACUAAAAUACACAAAAAUGCAGAUGGAAAAAUUACAUCUCUAGAUGCAAAAUUGAAUUUGGAAAACAAAGACUACAAGAAAACCACCAAGAUCACUUGGCUUGCUGAGAGCACACACGCUCUCUCGAUCCCAGCCGUCUGUGUCACUUAUGAGCACUUGAUCACAAAGCCAGUGCUGGGAAAAGAUGAGGACUUCAAGCAGUACAUCAACAAAGACAGUAAGCAUGAAGAGCUAAUGCUAGGAGAUCCUUGCCUUAAAGAUCUGAAAAAAGGAGACAUCAUACAACUGCAGAGGAGAGGGUUCUUCAUAUGCGACCAGCCAUACGAACCUGUCAGCCCAUAUAGUUGCAGAGAAGCUCCAUGCAUCCUGAUAUACAUACCUGAUGGGCACACAAAGGAAAUGCCAACAUCCGGAUCAAAGGAAAAGACCAAAGUGGAAAUCUCAAAAAAGGAGACAAGCUCUGCUCCUAAAGAAAGACCAGCACCUGCUGUGAGUUCUACUUGUGCUACAGCUGAGGAUUCCUCCGUCCUCUACAGCAGAGUGGCGGUGCAGGGGGAUGUGGUUCGUGAAUUGAAAGCCAAGAAAGCGCCAAAGGAAGAUAUAGACGCAGCUGUGAAGCAGCUUUUGACUUUGAAAGCUGAAUAUAAAGAGAAAACUGGGCAGGAGUAUAAACCUGGGAACCCCUCUGCUGCAGCAGUACAGACUGUUUCUACAAAGUCAUCAUCAAACACUGUGGAAAGUACAUCUUUAUACAAUAAAGUCGCUGCCCAAGGGGAGGUGGUCCGAAAGCUGAAAGCGGAAAAGGCUCCUAAGGCUAAAGUAACUGAAGCUGUGGAAUGUUUGCUGUCCCUGAAAGCUGAGUAUAAAGAAAAGACUGGGAAGGACUAUGUACCUGGCCAGCCCCCAGCAUCGCAGAACUCACAUUCAAACCCUGUCAGUAAUGCUCAGCCUGCUGGAGCGGAGAAACCAGAAGCCAAAGUGCUAUUUGACAGAGUGGCUUGUCAAGGAGAAGUAGUUCGAAAACUUAAAGCUGAAAAGGCCUCUAAGGAUCAAGUGGAUUCGGCGGUACAAGAACUUCUUCAGCUGAAGGCACAGUACAAGUCGCUGACAGGAAUCGAGUAUAAGCCUGUGUCUGCUACUGGGGCAGAAGACAAAGAUAAAAAGAAGAAAGAAAAAGAAAAUAAAUCUGAAAAGCAGAACAAGCCUCAGAAACAAAAUGAUGGCCAAGGGAAAGACUCUUCCAAAAGCCAAGGCAGUGGCCUGUCAUCAGGUGGAGCAGGAGAAGGGCAGGGGCCUAAGAAACAGACCAGAUUGGGUCUUGAAGCAAAAAAAGAAGAAAAUCUUGCCGAAUGGUACUCUCAAGUCAUCACAAAGUCCGAGAUGAUUGAAUACUACGAUGUGAGUGGCUGCUAUAUCCUCCGUCCCUGGUCGUACUCCAUCUGGGAGUCCAUUAAGGACUUCUUUGACGCUGAGAUCAAGAAGCUCGGUGUUGAGAACUGCUACUUCCCCAUAUUUGUGUCUCAGGCUGCGUUAGAGAAAGAGAAGAAUCACAUCGAAGACUUUGCUCCUGAGGUUGCUUGGGUUACAAGAUCAGGAAAAACAGAGUUGGCAGAGCCAAUUGCCAUUCGUCCUACUAGUGAAACAGUGAUGUAUCCGGCAUAUGCUAAAUGGGUGCAGUCCCACAGAGACCUGCCCGUCAGGCUCAACCAGUGGUGCAAUGUGGUGCGCUGGGAGUUCAAACACCCACAGCCUUUCCUCCGAACUCGGGAGUUCCUGUGGCAGGAGGGGCACAGCGCCUUUGCCACCUUUGAGGAAGCAGCUGAUGAGGUUUUACAGAUCCUUGAGUUAUAUGCUCGAGUAUAUGAAGAGCUCUUAGCCAUUCCUGUUGUGAGAGGAAGGAAGACUGAAAAGGAGAAGUUUGCAGGAGGAGACUACACAACCACAAUAGAAGCCUUCAUAUCUGCCAGCGGACGCGCCAUUCAGGGAGCAACAUCACACCAUUUAGGCCAGAAUUUCUCCAAAAUGUGUGAAAUAGUUUUUGAAGAUCCCAAGACACCAGGAGAAAAGCAGUUUGCAUACCAGUGCUCCUGGGGCCUGACAACACGAACCAUCGGUGUGAUGGUCAUGGUCCAUGGGGACAACAUGGGCCUAGUGCUUCCACCCCGAGUAGCAUCUGUCCAGGUGGUAGUCAUUCCCUGUGGAAUCACAAAUGCCCUGUCUGAAGAAGACAGAGAGGCACUGAUGGCAAAAUGCAACGAGUACAGAAGGCGGCUGCUUGGUGCUAACAUCCGAGUCCGAGUCGAUCUACGAGACAACUACUCCCCAGGCUGGAAGUUCAACCACUGGGAACUCAAGGGAGUUCCAGUCAGACUUGAGGUGGGGCCACGUGAUAUGAAGAGCUGUCAGUUUGUAGCAGUCAGACGAGAUACUGGAGAGAAACUGACAAUUGCUGAGAAGGAGGCUGAGGCUAAGCUGGAAAAGGUUUUGGAAGACAUCCAGCUGAACCUUUUCACAAGGGCUUCUGAAGACCUUAAAACCCACAUGGUUGUGUCUAAUACACUGGAGGACUUCCAGAAGGUGCUAGAUGCUGGAAAGGUUGCACAGAUUCCAUUUUGUGGGGAAAUUGACUGUGAGGACUGGAUCAAAAAGAUGACUGCCAGGGAUCAAGAUGUGGAACCUGGUGCUCCAUCCAUGGGAGCCAAAAGCCUUUGCAUUCCUUUCAACCCUCUGUGUGAGCUGCAGCCCGGAGCCAUGUGUGUCUGUGGCAAGAAUCCUGCCAAGUUCUACACCUUGUUUGGUCGGAGUUACUGAUGGACAAAACAGAAGCCACUCUCUCUCUCGCUCAUCUUUUUUUAAAACCACUGAUACGAAGAUCUUCUCAGAUGCAAUUUUUCUUUUUCAUUUUUUAAAACUUCUAAAAAAGGUCAUGAGAUAAAACAGCUAUUCUUAUGCCUAAAUUAACAGUGGAAAAUACUUUUCUGUAAACAGCCAGGGUAAUAAAAACCAUGAACUAAUUGUA